ACAGCCAGCCAGCCCCGGCUUCUCUUCUCUUCACUGAUAUUAUUCUGUAUUGCAAGCCCCGGAGCCCGAGCAGGGGGCUGCGUUAGUGUUCGUAGGAUGUCCCGUCAUGAAGGCGUGAGCUGUGAUGCAUGUUUAAAAGGCAACUUCAGAGGCCGACGAUACAAAUGUUUAAUUUGCUACGACUACGAUCUGUGCGCAUCGUGCUAUGAGAGCGGUGCAACUACAACCAGACACACCACAGAGCAUCCCAUGCAGUGUAUAUUAACCCGGGUUGACUUUGACCUGUACUACGGUGGAGAAGCAUUCUCGGUGGAGCAGCCUCAGGCCUUCACAUGUCCCUACUGUGGCAGGAUGGGCUACACAGAGAUCUCCCUGCAGGAGCACGUGGCUGCAGAGCACACAGAGACCUCCACAGAAGUGAUCUGCCCCAUUUGUGCAGCACUGCCAGGUGGCGACCCGAAUCAUGUGACAGAUGACUUUGCUGCUCAUCUCACACUUGAACACAGAGCACCCAGAGACUUGGAUGAGUCCAGUGGGGUGCGGCAUGUGAGGAGGAUGUUUCACCCUGGGCGCGGGCUGGGAGGUCCGCGAGCCCGCAGGUCUAACAUGCACUUCACCAGCAGCACCACAGGGGGGCUCUCCACCAGUCAGAGCUCCUCACAGAGCUCCAACUACAGCAGAGAGGCCAUGGACCCCAUAGCAGAGCUUCUGUCCCAGUUGUCGGGGGUGCGGCGUUCAGCAGGCGGCCAGCUCAGCUCGGGUCCCUCGGCCUCUCAGCUCCAACAGCUUCAGAUGCAACUCCAGUUGGAGCGUCAGCAGGCCCAGGCUGCGCGUCAGCAGCUGGAGACGGCCCGAAACGCCACCCGGGGCGGGGGCCGAGCCAAUGCAAUCCUCAAUACCAAUUCAGCCGCCACAAACCCCAACCCCAGCGCCAAUCACAAUACCAACCCCAGUCCCAACCCAGGUCCACCUGAGUCUAACACACAGCAUACUGCACACAGCUCCCAGUUUCUACUCAGCAGGCUGAGCGAACCACGGCUGUCUGAGGCCGAGCGGCAGGCGUGCGAGGCCCAGUGGGCCGACAGGAGCCUGUUUGUGACGGAGCUGCUGCUGUCCACAUUGCUGCCCGACGAGGACGCCUCUGCCUCCUCCUCCGAGGACGAGGACGACUGUCACGGCUCGUUGCGGAAUUUCGCUGACUUCGAGGCCAUGGGCUGUGUUGAGGUCAUGACCUUGGACGUGGCACUGGAGAACCUCAACCUCAAGGAGACGACCCCGGCUACCAGGCCAACGAAAACGACGCCUAAAACAGCACCAACGAAGAAAGAGCCUCCUGCGCCGCCCCUUUGAUGAAAUGGCCACUCCCUCCCCUAAAACCACCAUUGUAACUGGCUGACUGCUGAGUCAGUCCAACUGCCAAUGGAUGACAAAAAAGAGACUGCAGUUUUUUUUGGCUUUGUUUUAUUUUAUUUUUCUCAGUGAUUGUCAUUUCAGCUCUGUCGCUCCCCACUCAACCCCAUGUUUAUUAAGUUGUGUACAUUGAAUAAAAGUAGUGAGACGAGAGAAUGUGAAAGCAAGCAAGCGUGGUGGGUGCGUGAGAGAAAGAAAAAUAACUAUAUAAAUAUAUUAUAGAAAAAUCUAUAUGAAAGUUGAUAAUCAAUUCCACAUAACCCGUGUUUCCUCUAGCAGAUGAGCAAAGCGUAGUUAGCCGUUUAAGAGACAAACACGUCACACACUCACCCAGGGAGAGGAGGCAGACAGAAACCUCUCCAGUAAAAACGCUGCUGUGUAUUUAUAGUUAUUAAUUAAAGAAGUGCUUGGAUGGUUUACCACAACUUAAGCAUGAGCUUAAAUCACCAUGUGCCCAUUUUUAACUGCACAGUCACCAGACGGGGAGGUCUUUCUCUUUUUGUUCAGACACCUGAGUAACUGUAAAUUAACGGUGCUGAGUGCCACAUCACUGGCAUUUCUGCACCACACACACACACACACACACAUACACACACACAUACACACACACAUACAUA